AUGCAACAAUCCCCUUGUUCGAACAGACAAUGUGCAGAAGAAGAUAACUUAAUUCGAUCGGGAAACAAGACAAAAGAAGUCGUUCACAGCCCGAGUGAGCCAGAGAUGAACUCACCGAGCAAGCCGACGGACAUCGAGCCCAGACCACGCUUCAACCAUACGCCGGACUACCUUAGCAACUGGAAGGAGGACCUAUUCGGAGAUGGAUUACCGUUCUACGACCUCCUCGUCUUCAUUGAUUCACACAUCGACCUCUUCAAGCGAAGGACGAUCGACCCUAUCAAGGUCGAAUGGGAGACCAGGGCUAAGCCAUUGACUGACGAAUGGUUGACCAAGGCUCACCAGGCAAUCGAGUCUAAAAUCAACGUCAGAAAGAACCACUCCUCAAGCGAUGACCACAAGACUGGAAUCGAAACCAGCUCGGGUGGAAAACCUUUCAGGGCUCAAACCGAGCGAGAGCUGAGAGAGUUUGCUGAAAGAGAGCUCAAGGAAUUCGUCGAGAAGAUCAAGAUCAGGCGAGAACGAAUUCAGACUCGUUGGAACGACUCGAAGACGGUCUCCUUGAGAGAGAAAACUUCAUUCUUCAUUGGGGUUCAAAACGUCUUAAUCACCGCUCUCCUCUUGGCAUUUUGGCCUGAGUUGAUCCCAUUGUCCUAUACCUUACAGGCAGCCUACUAUUUGCCACUCCGGGUUUACACAUAUCGAAAACUAGCCUAUCACUAUUUCCUCUUCGACAUCUGUUAUGUGAUCAAUGGGUUAUGUUUGAUAUUCUUAUGGAUCUGGCCUUCAAACACGAUCCUCUUCCAAGCUUGCUAUGGAUUAGCUCAUGGUCCCUCCGCAAUCGCCAUUGCGACUUGGAGGAAUUCACUGGUAUUUCAUUCAGUUGAAAAAGUCACAUCCUUGUUCAUUCAUAUAUAUCCGGCUUUGGUAUUCACAGUCAUCAGGCACUUCUAUCCCAAUGCACCAGAACGAUUUCCAGCACUCAAAGAAUUAGACACCAUAUCGCUACCAAAAACUCUAACUAUCUGCUCGACGAUCUAUAUCGUCUGGCAAACGAUGUACUACAGAUUCGUGAUUAUCGCUAGAGCGCAAAAGAUUUCGAAGGAAGGAAGACCGACGUCGUUCACCUAUCUGUUGAACUCCAAAACCGGCUUGAUUUCAAAACUGCUAAGAAGCGUCAGACCUUCUUGGAGAGCAAAUGGGUUCAUGAUCGCUCAAUACAUCUACACCAUCGUAACAAUGCUACCGGCCCUCUUGUGGUUCUAUCAAUCCAAGGUUUUAUCCGGUUUAUUCUUAUGGUUAAUGUUUUCGGUUUCUGUAUGGAAUGGCGCCUCGUUUUACAUGGAAGUGUUCGGUCGGAGGUUUGAAAAGGAGCUGAAUAACCUUAAGGAAGAGGUCGACAAGUUGAAUAAAGUUGAAUCCGAAGCGGAAUCCUUGGUCCUCAUGAGUUCACCUACGGACGAUGUCGCCUCAUCGCCCCUCGAAACUCACCACGAGAAAUCUGACUGA